AUGGGAUCAAGAGCAGGAAUUCAGCAGGAAUCCAGUGGGAGCCUGUGCCCUGCAGCAUCCUGAGCCCCUUCCAGGGAAGCCAACCUUGGAAAUACCUUGAGAUGUGAAAGGGCUCCUGGUGAUUAACCAGCUCCCAGUAGAGCUGAUUCGGGUCUGCUCUCCCUGCUGCCCUGCCCAGGUGACCCUCAGCCUCUCUGCCUGCCUGGCUGCUCCUUCCCUUCCCAUAACUGAGCACUCUGGGCACAGCAGCUGCUAGAAAGUGAGUGCUCCUGAAUUACUGGAUGUACACACUCAGCAAUUCCAUAAAAAGAGACAACUGCAUUAAAACAUUUUCCAAGGAAGAUGUCCAGAGACAGGAAACAAGGUUCAUUUAUACUGGCCAGUGAUAAACUAAUUGUAGUAGGUUAUGGCUCUUGUGGAAUGGGUUCCUCCUUUUGUCUAGAAUGAGUCCUGGUGGAGCAACAUCAAUUUCUUUGGAACUGGAAAAUACAUGUGACCUGCAUGGCUCUUGUUUGGCUUUAGCUGGAGGUCAGCAGAGUCAUUUCUGCAGAAAACCUGGCCAAGGCAAUUCUACUUACGAGCAGGACAGGGGCGCUGCUGUGGGACUGCGAUCUGCCGGGAGGACACGGACUCUGGGCUCUGCUGGCCCCUACCUGGGCAUCGCUGCCAUCACAUGGGGCCUGGUGCUGUGGGUGCAGGUGGGUGCCUGGACGUACCACUACAGCGACCAAGGGGACUACACGUGGGAGCAGGCCAGGAACUACUGCCAGACCUUCUUCACCGACCUGGUGGCCAUCCAGAACCAGCAGGAGAUCCAGUACCUCAACAGGAGCCUGCCCUACCACAGGCACUACUACUGGAUCGGCAUCCGCAAGCUGGGCGGCGUCUGGACCUGGGUGGGCACGCAGAAGGCGCUGACCAAGGAGGCCGAGAACUGGGCCCAGGGCGAGCCCAACAACCGCCGCUCCAACCAGGACUGCGUGGAGAUCUACAUCCAGCGGCCGCAGCAGGCCGGCAAGUGGAACGACGAGCCCUGCAGCCGCCGGAAAAAGGCGCUGUGCUACCGGGCCUCCUGCCAGCCCUUCCCGUGCAGCCAGCGUGGCGAGUGCGUGGAGACCAUCGGCAGCUACCGCUGCCAGUGCCAGCCCGGCUUCCACGGCCCCGAGUGUGCUGAUGUGGUGCAGUGUGCCAAGCUGGAGCCCGAGGGAGUGCCCAUGAACUGCAGCCAUCCCUAUGGAGACUUCAGCUACAACUCCACCUGCGAGUUCAGCUGCCACGAGGGCUUUGAGCGGCGAGGAGCGGGCGUGCUGCGGUGCCUGCCUUCCCAGCAGUGGUCAGCAGACAUCCCCACCUGCACAGCCAUCACCUGCCCAGUGCUCAGAGCUCCAGCCCAGGGAGAGAUGCACUGCUCCCACCUCCAUGGGGACUUCACCUUUGGCUCCACAUGUGCCUUCUCCUGCCAGACAGGGUUUGCACUGGUGGGGCCAGAGAGCCGUGAGUGCACAGCCACGGGGACAUGGACAGGGGACACCCCUCGCUGUGAAGCCAUGGCCUGCCCGGUGCUCAGUGCUCCAGCCCAGGGAGAGCUGAACUGCUCCCACCUCCAUGGCAACUUCACCUUUGGCUCCACGUGUGCCUUCUCCUGCCAGACAGGAUUUGCACUGGUGGGGCCAGAGAGCCGUGAGUGCACAGCCACGGGGAGCUGGACAGGGGACACCCCUCGCUGUGAAGCUAUUGCCUGUCCAGUGCUCAGUGCUCCAGAAAAAGGAGAGAUGAACUGCUCUCACCUCCAUGGCAACUUCACCUUUGGCUCCACAUGUGCCUUCUCCUGCCAGGCAGGGUUUGUGCUGAUGGGGCAGGAGAGCCGUGAGUGCACAGCCACGGGGAGCUGGACUGGGAACACCCCACUCUGUGAAGCCAAAGCCUGUCCGGUGCUCAGUGCUCCAGACAAAGGAGAGAUGCACUGCUCCCACCUCCAUGGCAACUUCACCUUUGGCUCCACGUGUGCCUUCUCCUGCCAGAAGGGAUUUGUGCUGGUGGGGCAGGAGAGCUGUGAGUGCACAGCCACGGGGAGCUGGACUGGGAACACCCCACUCUGUGAAGCUGUUGCCUGUCCAGUGCUCAGAGCACCAGCCCAGGGAGAGAUGCACUGCUCCCACCUCCAUGGGGACUUCACCUUUGGCUCCACAUGUGCCUUCUCCUGCCAGACAGGGUUUGCACUGGUGGGGCCAGAGAGCCGUGAGUGCACAGCCACGGGGACAUGGACAGGGAAUGCAACAAGAUGUGCAGCCAUCAGCUGCCCAGUGCUCAGAGCUCCAGCCCAGGGAGAGAUGCACUGCUCCCACCUCCAUGGGGACUUCACCUUUGGCUCCACAUGUGCCUUCUCCUGCCAGACAGGGUUUGCACUGGUGGGGCCAGAGAGCCGUGAGUGCACAGCCACGGGGAGCUGGACUGGGGACACCCCUCACUGUGAAGCCAUCACCUGCCCAGUGCUCAGAGCUCCAGCCCAGGGAGAGCUGAACUGCUCCCACCUCCAUGGCAACUUCACCUUUGGCUCCACGUGUGCCUUCUCCUGCCAGAAGGGGUUUGUGCUGAUGGGGCAGGAGAGCCGUGAGUGCACAGCCACGGGGAGCUAGUGCAGAGCCACGGGAACAUGGACAGGGGAUGCCCCUCACUGUGAAGCCAUCAGCUGCCCAGAGCUGUCCCCCCCCAGCAGAGGCCAGCUGAGCUGCUCUCACCUGCACGGGAACUUCACCUACAACUCCACGUGCAGCUUUUCCUGCGAGCAGGGCUUUGUUCGGGUGGGAGCAGAGCUGCUCCGCUGCGAGCCCACGGGCAACUGGAGCAGGGAUGCCCCUGUGUGUGCAGAGGAUGGUGCCUUCCUAAAGCAAGUCCUGGCUUACAGCAGCGGCUCAGCCCUGGCAGUAGCUGGUGUUGUGCUCUCUGGGGGGCUCAUUGCCCUCCUUGCCAAGAGGCUCAGUGACAGAGAGGAGAAGAGGAAGCUCCUGAAACCCACCAGUGACCUGGGAGCGCCGGGCACCUUCACCAACACAGCGUACGAUGCCAACCUGUGAGGUGAGGCUGAGACCCUUGCAGCACCCUGUUCCAAAUUCACCUGGUGGCCAUCCUCCUCCUGGCUGGGACUGAAGUAGGUGACACCAGCUCCAUCUCUCCUGUGCCUCCAGCCUGCCCGAGACUGACACCCACCGUGUCCCCCAGGGCAGGAGCUGCUGCUGGAGCACAGAGCUCCAUGCCCGUGGCUGUAGGGACGGGCACAGCCCCUGGACACUGCCACCACAUUCCCCUGGGAAGGGGAGCAGCUGGAGACCCGCCAGGGGCCAAGAGCCACGUGCCUGCCACCCAGCCCUUGGACAUUGUCCCACUGGAAAUUUGGACAUUCCCUGGUGGCUGCUCCACUCAUGCUUCCACCUAUGAGCUUGUGUCAGCAGGGUGUA